GCUGCAAGGCGAUCUCGUGUACCUGGAGGUGGUGACGGCGGAGGGAAAGCUCUUCUGCGUGACGGCGCACACGAGGGGCUUCUUUGUCAACCGCAGUGGCAGCGGCCGCAAGCUGGACCCGCGCCCUGCUGAGCCCAAGAUGGACGCGUCCACUCUCAUCGGCCUGCUGCGGCAGAUCAGCCCGCUCUUCUCCAAAGCCUUCGCGGAGGUGAUCGAGCGCAAGGCCAACCGCCACCCGUUUGAGAACAUGCUGGCACCGCUGCCGCCCAACGACUGGGCGGCAAAGCCCAUCUGGGGCGGCGCGGACGGCACGGGGCCGCUACAGUACACGCGUGACGUGGCGCGAUCCGAAGACGCUCUAAUGGCCCCCUUUGGGAUUGAUUUCAGCGGGGUUCUGAGGGAUUGGAAUGAGGAGCUCCAGAGCUGCAGGGAGUUACCGCGUAACUCGUUACAAGACCGGAUUCUCCGCGACCGGGCGUUGUAUCGAGUCAGCUGCGAGUUUGCUGAUUCGGCGGUGCGCGGCGCGAAGGCCGUGAUUGGCCGGUCAAUCCCGCCGAUCAACCCGCAUGACGCGGAUCGGUUCCAUAUGUAUGUGCAUAAUAAUAUCUUCUUUUCCCUGGCGGUGGAUGGGGAUUUUGCGGCGCUGCAGCAGAUUAGAGAGGCGGAGCUGAAGCAGCAGGCGGAGGCGGAGGCUGCUAAGAAGGGGGAGGGGGAGGGCGGGGAGAAGAAGGAAGGGGGAGAGGAGGGGAAGGAGGAGGGGAAGAAGGAAGGGGAGAAGGAAGAGGAGAAAAAGGUGGAGACGAAGGAGGAGAAGAAGGAGAAGAGGGAUAAGAAGAAGAAAGAAAAGAAGGAUAAGAAGGAGAAGGAGAAGAAAGAGCAGGAGGCUGCAGUAGAGGAGAAAAAGGUGGAGGAGGCGAAGGCAGAGGAGGGAGAUAAGAAGGAAGGAGAGAAGAAGGAAGGAGAGGAGGGGGAGAAGAAGGAGGGAGAGGAUGCAGCAGCAGCAGCAGCGGCAGUGACGGAGGCAGAGCAGGCAACGUAUGCAUCGUCCAACAACGACCUCAAGGGCACCAUGGCUGUGAACAACGCCGACAUCCCCGGGCUCUACUCGCUGGCCAUGGCCAUCGUGGACUACCGCGGGCACCGAGUCAUUGCUCAGAGUAUUAUCCCAGGCAUCCUCUACGGCGAUCGCACGACGCAGAUGCUGUACGGGUCGGUGGACACGGGCAAGACCAUCAAGUGGAGCGACUCCUUCCACCCCAAGGUGGCGGAGCUGGGGAAAGCGUUGCACCUCAAGGAGCACAAGGUGACGGACGGCGACGGCAAGGAGGCGACUCUGUGCUCGCCCGUGGAGACCAAGGGCAUCCUGGGCAGCGAUGACAGGAAGUACCUGUUGGAUCUGAUCCGCCUCACUCCUCGCGACGCCAAUUUCACCGCCACCACCACCAGCACCACCACCGCUGCCACCGGCACGGAUACCAACUCCACCGCCAACGCCGCCAACGCUGCGAAUGCGGCCAACCGCCUGGCGAUUCUCCGCCCCGAGCUGGUGGAGAAGUUUUGCCGGGAGGAGCAGGUGGAGCGAUGGAUGGCUCAGAAGGGCGUGAGCGAGCGGCCGAGCGCAGAGGAGGUGGAGGAGCUGAGGGAGAAGGCCGAGCUGCCUGACGUGCUGUUCAACCCCAACGUGCUGACUGAGUUCAAACUGGCUGAUGAUUCCAAGGAGGUGGAGGAGGACGAGGCGUUGGUGCGCAAGGCGGGCAAGUACCUGAUUGAGACGGCGCUGCCGGCACUGGUGGCGGAUAUCAAGAGCUCCGAGGGGUGGCCCGUGGAUGGGCGCUCGCUCGCCAGCACCAUGCACGCGCAUGGCGUCAACCUGCGCUACCUGGGCCGGGUUGCAAAAGAAGUGGCUGACGUGGAGCAGGUAUACUGGCUGUGCGUAGCUGAAAUGGUGGUGAGGGCCACCAAGCACGUGCUUAAAGCUGUUCUCCGCGAGACGCUCGAGCAGGACGUGGCCGGGGCUAUUGCCCACUUCCUCAACUGCUUCCUCGGCACCUCCACCACCACGCCGCCGCCCACGCUCCCCGGCGUCGGGGAUACGGACAAAGCCGAGGGCGGCACCGCGGGCGGCGGGGGGAAGAAGAAGAAGAAGGGGAAGGGGGGGGAGAGGAAGGAUGGGGAGGAGAGGAAGGAGGAGGGGGAGGAGAAGAAAGAGGCGUUUCUGUUUGUGGUGGAUGUGCCGGGGUAUACUCGCAUCACGGCGGAUAUGGUGUGGUCUGAUAUUACUGAGGGCGUCAAGUACAAGUAUCAGUUUGAGAUCCCCCCCGAGACGCGCAAGAUGGUUCGCAGCCUCGCCACCCUCCGCAACAUCUGCCUCAAGAUGGGCAUUGUGUUGGCAGCAAGGGAUUACAACCUCGAGUGCGACGUGCCCAUCGCCAUAGCAGACGUGUGCGACCUGCUGCCCCAAGUCAAGUUUGCCUCACCUGCCUGCAGCGACGCUCAGAAGCUGCUGGAGAAGGGCAAGAGCCUCGUGCACAAGGUCGGCCUGCCCCUGCGCCCGCGUUUCUCCGCCACCCCGCAGAGCGGGCAGUGGCUGCGGGAGCACGAGACGACUCUCAACUCCGCGUUUGAGAUUCUCAGCGAGGCGUACCAGAUCCUGCAGCAGGUUUGCGGACCUCUUCAUCUAGACGUUGCAGCAUGCUGCAGGUACCUGGCUCUGAUCUUCUAUCACGCGGGGGAGACCGGCAACGCCAUUCUGCAGCAGCACCGUGAGCUGAUUAUCAACGAGCGCGUGGUGGGGACAGACCACCCCGACACCGUGCACAGCUACGGCAACAUGGCGCUCUACUUCCACUCCAUGGGAGAGUCCGAGCUCGCUCUGCGCCACUUCAAGCGCACGCUGCAGCUGCUCUCGCUCUCUGCCGGCAACGACCACCCGGAGGUGGCUUCUCUGUUUGUCAACAUCGCCCUCACCUACCAGGACAUGGGAAAGUUGCAGAACGCCAUGAAAUAUCUACAGGAGGCGGUGCGAGUCAGUGAGAAGCUGCUGGGGGAGAAUCAUGUGCAGGUGGCCGUCUGUCACCAUGCGCUCGCCCUUGCGUUCUCUUCCAUGGGCGCCUUCAAGCUCGCUCUACAGGAGGAGCGCAAGGCGCAGGCGGUGUUUGAGAAGGCGGUGGGGAAGGAGGACCCGCGCACCAAGGAGUCAGAGCAGUGGGUGCAGUCGUUCCUCGACCGCGAGCUCAGGGCGCAAAAGCAGAAGGUGGGGCAAUCAGCAGCAACAGUCCAGCAGCAACAAGCAGCGGCUCUCCGUGUGGCCGAAGCUCUCAAGCAACGGCCGGAGCUGCUUCAGGUGUUGCAGGCAGCAGCAGCGCCCGGAGCAGGAGGCUCCACCUCGUACCAGCGUGCCGUGGCUGACGCUCUGCUUCGGGGAGAGGUCCCCCCACCUGCUCCCGGAGCUGGUGCAGGCAGGUUCGGCGGAGGCAUGGGAGCUACAGGCUCCUCAGGCACUGGCAUUCGAGCCAGAGGUGUGGACGAGCGGGCUUCCAGGGCUGCUGCAGAGGCUCGGCGGAAAGCAGCGGCUCGGGGGGUGAACCUACGAGGAGCUGCAGGUUCGGCAGGUGCCCGAGCCGGUGCACCCAGUGCAAUGGACAUGGAAGAACUGAUUAAUUUCAUCAAUAGCACGUCACCAGCUUCUGGUGCGGCUAGCUCUUCCGCUAGUAAGACAGGCUCGGCACCUGCUCCGGCAGCUGGCUCGGCAGGUGGUUCGGCGGCGCCUGCUGGGCUUGGCGGUGUGGGCCUUGGUGUUGGCGUUGGUGCUGUCUCAGGAGCUCCGCCUCCCACGAAAGCUGGAGGAAAGAAAGGUGCGGGAGCAGCAGCGGCAGCAAGCAAGCCCGCAGCUACGGCAAAUGGGGAAGCAAGUCAAGGGGAUGCUCCUCUGGGUCUGGGGGGAGGGCUUGCUCCCUUGCCUGGUGGCAAGGGUAAGGGCAAAGCCAAGUAG